AUGCGCUCAUUAGGAGAGAGAUUCAAUCUCCUCAGAAAGUUGAUUAACCUCCGAUGCGGACCUGGGGCCGCAAUUCUUUCCCCCGAAGUAACGAGGAUACACAUGGACUUUGCGACCAGAAUGUCCGACGGCCACAUGGGAGCCAGAAAAUUCUGGCGCCAAUACCUCCCCCGCCUAAAAUACCACAACCCUUCCAUCCCCAUGAUCCUCAACCGCCACGACAGCAACGCCCUCCCACCAGUAAUGACAAUCUACAUGCGCACAUCCGCCACUGCAUCCACCGCAGAAACCUCACAGCCAGCAUCCUCGCGAACCAACCUCUCCAAGGCGCAACCUCCGAGCGCCGACGAAAAGAUUGUCACAAUUGACAUGAAGAACAAGCACUCCUCCGAUAUCCUGGAGUACUUUCUCGCCGAGACCAGAGCAAAGGUGUUGCAGCCUACGAAUACGGAAAUCGCAGAGAUCCAGAGCCUAGAGGCGAUGAAUAAGCAGGCGGUGCUGGAUAGAGAGAGAGUACGGGCUCUGAGGGCAGAGAAGAAGAAGGAAGAGGAUAUGUUGAAGAGAGCGCGGGCAGCAGGUGGUAUGGCUGAGCAGGAGGAGGCUUAG